CGUCAAUCCCAAAACACAUCCCAAAGUACAACAAACACAAACUUCUUCUUUGUCUCUCUACCUCAAUUCCUCUCUCCUGAUUUCGUUUUUUCUCUCCAAACAACAAGAAAAACUUACAAUAUGGCCGUAGACUCGAGUCUCUCUUCGCCGUUAGGACCUCCGGUAUGUGAAAAAGACGCAAAAGCCCUCCGUUUCAUCGAGGAAAUGACGCGAAACGCAGACGCGGUUCAAGAAAACCUCCUGGCGGAGAUCUUGAGACGCAACGCUGAAACCGAGUACCUCCGCCGCUUCAACCUCGGUGGUGCCACCGACCGUGAUAUCUUCAAAUCGAAGAUUCCGAUUAUCACCUACGAAGAUCUCCAGCCGGAGAUUCAACGCAUUGCUGACGGAGAUUCCUCUCCCAUCUUAUCCGCCCAUCCCAUCUCCGAGUUCCUCACCAGCUCGGGAACCUCAGCUGGAGAGAGGAAGCUCAUGCCCACCAUUAGAGAAGAGCUCGACCGUCGUCAGCUUCUUUAUAGUCUCCUCAUGCCUGUCAUGAAUUUGUAUGUGCCAGGGUUAGACAAAGGAAAGGGAUUGUACUUCUUGUUCGUUAAGUCAGAAACAAAGACACCAGGUGGACUACCCGCUCGACCGGUCCUAACCAGCUACUACAAGAGUGAUCACUUCAGGUCCCGACCGUACGACCCAUAUAACGUCUACACAAGUCCCAACGAAGCCAUUCUCUGUCCCGACUCCUUCCAAAGCAUGUACACUCAGAUGCUUUGUGGCCUCCUUGACCGCCUUUCUGUUCUCCGUGUGGGCGCGGUUUUUGCCUCCGGUCUCCUCCGAGCCAUCCGCUUCCUCCAGCUCCAUUGGUCUAGAUUCGCUGAUGACAUCGAGUCAGGUUCUCUUAACUCAGAGAUAACUGACCUCUCUAUAAGACAGUGUAUGUCUUAUAUUCUCAAACCGGACCCUCACCUGGCAAAGUUCAUCCGCCAGGAGUGUGAGUCCGAAAACUGGGAACGAAUCAUCACCCGAAUAUGGCCCAACACUAAGUACCUUGAUGUCAUUGUGACCGGAGCCAUGGCUCAAUAUAUCCCAACAUUGGAAUACUAUAGUGGUGGUCUUCCUAUGGCUUGCACCAUGUACGCCUCCUCCGAGUGUUACUUUGGUUUGAAUCUUAACCCAAUGAGCAAACCAUCCGAAGUUUCAUACACCAUUAUGCCCAACAUGGCUUACUUCGAGUUCAUCCCUCUUGGCGGUUCCAAGGCUGUUGAACUCGUUGAUGUAAAGAUCAGUAAAGAGUACGAACUCGUUGUCACCACCUAUGCCGGUCUAUGUCGAUACCGAGUUGGUGACAUUCUUAGAGUCACAGGGUUUCAUAACUCAGCACCUCAGUUUCACUUCGUGAGGAGGAAAAACGUCCUCCUAAGCAUUGAUUCAGACAAGACAGACGAGUCUGAGCUUCAAAAAGCAGUGGAGAAUGCAUCAAAGCUGCUUCUCACAGAGUGUGGCACACGCGUAGCUGAAUACACUAGCUACGCGGACACAAGCACGAUCCCGGGCCACUACGUCUUGUACUGGGAGUUAUUAGUGAGGGACGGGGCAAAGCAGCCGAGUGAGGAAACCCUGACUCGGUGCUGCCUCGAAAUGGAAGAGUCGUUGAACUCGGUGUACCGACAAUGCCGAGUUGCAGACAACUCGGUUGGACCGUUGGAGAUCAGGGUGGUGAGAAAUGGAACGUUCGAGGAGUUGAUGGAUUACGCCAUCUCAAGAGGCGCGUCAAUUAACCAGUACAAGGUACCAAGGUGCGUUAACUUCACACCCAUUGUGGAGCUACUUGAUUUUAGGGUUGUGUCGGCGCAUUUUAGCCCAGCAUUACCGCAUUGGACGCCGGAGAGGAGGAGAAGA